UAUGUAGGUAUACAGUGCGAGCGCGUAAAUACGAUACUGGGUUGUAUUGAUUUUGUGUCUAUAAAUUAUCAGAACUGCUGUAUGGUCAUCCAUGAAUGAAAGUACAGAGUUAGAAGAGGACUUGAAGUGCAAGCUCCCAAACGUAUCGAUGUCAACUCAAUCAAAAACAAUGCCAAUGAUUGAUUUAAAAGUUUACAUCCGCGUUGUAGCCGCAGUGUUUUCGAUUUCUUCAGCAACAGCAUUAGUAACGGCAUUGCUCCGGCUAUUGACACCUCAUCUGUUCUAUGUGGAGCCUCUAGAUGGCAGCAAUAUUGGUAACAUUCAUAUAAUGAAUAAAAAAGUGUUGCACUACUUUAUAACUGGUUUAAUGGUGGCCACAAGCGCCAUUGGCCUUCUGAAUAGUUGUGUUGUGAUGAACCGUAGUGCUGCAAAGAACACAGGCCGGAAUAUAACCACUUGGCUGCUGCUGGACUCCCUGUUUGAGACUACCAGGGUUGUGUACGUGUUCAUAUGUGAAGUUGUGAUAAAGGGCCGAGGUUCUUUACAAACAUAUGAGAUGUUGAUAAGCAUUGCACAAUACUUAUUGGACAGCUUCCUGUAUUGUCAGAUGAUACUCAGGCAUUAAUAUAGAGCGUUACCUUUGUUUUAUGUAUGCUAGAUAGUUAUUAGUCUUCAUGUUAUGUACACAGAUGUAAUUAUUGUAGACAUUCCAAAAAGUAGUGAUAGAAUCAUAUAAGUCACUUCAGGGGUGUCCGAACUAUACCUAAUUGCUGUUAUAUUUAAUAGCAGAAAAUAUUUUUACAUAUGUUAUGUACUGGUACAAUGGCCAUAUAUAUACUCUUAUGUGGACUGAUCUAGCUUAGAGUAAAAGUAAAUCAUUUUUGCUUCAGAAGUUUUAUAUAUAGAAACGUUGCACUUUAAUAACAGUAAAUACCAGUAUUUUUUUUUUUUAAUUUAUUCUCAUAAUACUCAAAAUAGGAUGCUUUAAGAAAUCCACUAAUACAAAUAAAGUUAUAUAAUAUAAUCAAUUGCGGACGAGAGUUUCGACGCCCCUGAUAUUAUUCAUAAAAUAUAAGGAUCUCGUGUUUGCAAAUGAAGUAUUAUUUUACGAUUAAAAGUGAGAUUUAGUUUAAAGUUAAGAGUUAAACUCCAUAACGUAUAGUAUCGUGUAGUAAUUAAUACUUAGACCUUCACUAGAAUCUUUGUUCACUGUGAUCUUAUUUUAUAUUCUUUAACAGACAUUGUUCCUUUUUGUAAAUUUUUUUUUUUAAUGUAUUCUUUUGUUAAAUUCUAUUUUGUUUAAUUUAUAUUAGAUGUUUAUUAAUUUGUCAGGAAAUAAAAUCUCGUGGUUUAUUUAUCAUAACUAUUAUAAAUCUGACGCUAUAUAUUUGUGCAAAGUUUUCAUUUGACUUCAUAUAUAUUUUUCAACAAGGUUGAUCACAUCAGUUUGCUAAUAUUGGUGCAAUAAUGUGUCUUCAUUGAUUGUCGAAUGUGUGGCGCCGGUUUUAUUCCUAAUUACCCGAAAAAAUUAAUUGGAAAAACUUGUAAAAAGAUAACGAGCUUAAAUGAAAUUAAAAAAAAUCUCGAUUCGAAAUUUAAUUUAAAAAUAUUGUUUCUCGUAGACAUAAAUAUCCUGGCAGAGUUUUAUUAAAAAUAAGUUUGAUAAAUAUGUAAGAUGUUCUAUAUACUAAUCACUUGUUAAAAAAACCAUUGUACUUUAUAAAGUUAAUAUUAAUUGUUAAAUAUUACAAUACUCUCGAUAAAAGAUAACCUAACUAACCUACCGUACGGUUUAUUGUAUAUAAUGUAAAUUUGAAAAUCAUGUCAAAUACACGGUGGAAUUUAAGAACAUCAAAAUGUUGCCAACUUCGUAUAGAGUUAUUUUAUCAUAACUGUCUCUUAGCCAAUGACACUGCUGGACUUGGAGCUCUCCCAAGGUGCGCCAGAGUUCCAAUUUAAAAAACAUUUUAGCGAUCCCUUAUGAAACACCAAAUUAAUAUAAUUUUUAAAACAACUUUUAUUUUAUUUUUCUUCAAAAUACUUGAAAUUUUUUUAUGAAUACAUUUUAUGAUAUUAAGGUUUGGUGAAUGAGUUCUCUACGUCAUGCAUGACUAACUUACUUUUAUUUAUUUAUUUAAUACUUAUUGCACAAUAUAAAAAUAACAUAAGAGAGUAAUAGGAAACAAUCGAACAACAAAUGAUGCGCAAAGGCGGUCUUAUCGCUAAUAGCGAUCUCUCAAAACUUUAUAUACUUGUAAUGUAUGGGUAACAUUUACUUGCUGGGAGGGCCUUGUGCAAGCCUGUGUACUCUUGACAUGAUCUUCAAAUUUACAUUGACUUCCUGCUACCGAUGAUAUAAUUGAAAAAAGAAUACUCUAAUACCUACCUAAUAAUCGCUACUUGCUUCCUUUCUCUAAAUGAAAUUGGGUUCUAUUUCAUUUAGAAAAUCUAACUAUAAAUAUAUUUUUUAUUCGUUUAUUUAAUUAAGAUUAUAUAAAUGUAUAUAAGUCAACUUUAUGUUAAACGUUAUUUGUCACGAUUGCCAUUAAGGAACCAAUAUCGAAUGACGCAAAUAGUGAUAAUUGAAAACAAAAACAC